AUGGAGUCGACCGUGCCCGACUGGCUGGCGACGGCAGUGGCCGUGGCUGGUGGAACGACACUGACGGCAUUGGUACAGUAUGGUGGGAGAUGGAUGCGGAGAGGUGUAGCGGGGGAGCAAGUGCUGGAUGAAGACGACGUUGAACAUCCCGACCACCUGAUGUGCCCCAUCUCUCGCGAGCUCUUCAAGGAUCCCGUCUUCACGUCCGACGGCCACACUUAUGAACGAGAAGCCAUCAUCCAAUGGCUGAGGUCGCAAGACCGCAGUCCAACCACCGGGCAGCAAUUGCCAGACAAGGUGCUUCGCCCCAACCAUGCUCUGCGUUCUGAGUUGGCACGCUACCGGGAAGAACAUGGGUUUGCCCCACUCCAAGCCCCUGCUGCUCCAGCCCCUCAGUCUGUCGCCCCUGCCAAUCCCGAGCAAUUUUCUUUGCCCCUCGUACACUCUGCCAAUCGCGCUCGCAUGGAGCACCUGCGAGAACUGAUCAAUUCCAAUCCAGUCCAGCGAUCACAUGAACUUCUGCAGACGCUCAUGGUCACUCGCGACGCCACCCGGAUGCGCGUCGCACGAGAGCUAACAGCGGCAGACGUAUCUCUGCCACCGGAAGCUCCGAUCGAGUUGCAAACGUUAUUCAACAUCCAUGCCGCAUCCGGUCUGGCACCUGAUCAGCCCAUUCUGCACUUUCAAUUUCCGGGCCAGCCCCACCAACAAGCCGGCCAGUCCAUCGCCAUGCAUUUUGAACGAGACCCUGCCAACCCACAUCGACUUGUCCUCAGACCCGCAAACGUGCCCAAUCCUAUUCGGCCCCCAGCGCAACCUCAAGGGCAGGCCCCAGCACAGGCCCCAGCACAGGCCCCAACACAGGCCCCAACACAGGCCUUAGCACAGGCCCCAGCACAGGCCCCAGCACAGGCCCCAGCACAGGCCCCAACGCAGCAUCCAACGCAGCCCUCGACGCAGUCAUCGGCAACCCCACGUCAGGUUUCUUCUGUGCGUCGCAUUCAGAUCAGAGCUACGGCGCCGUCGCAAGCUCAGAACCAAGGUCAAGGCCCCGCGCAAGCCACCGAAUCAGGCUCUGCACAUCAAUCGACAGCAACGACAGCCACCAGGCCGACAUCGAAUGUUGCUGAGACUGCCCACACCCCUUCAGGGGCUGCGACUCAGAGCCCACCCGCACGCGCGGCCACGGGUAACUCGCCCGAGGCUCGCACGGCCAAAAUUGUGCUUGCUUCUGACCAGCAGCGUGAACAUCGCCGAAAAAAAUGCUUUCAAGACCUUGUAGAGCAAGUUUCUGCAGGUCGAUCAUUCACAUCCUCGUUCGAUCGUGGAACAAUCUCGCACGUCUUGCACAGCUUGGGCCCCAACGGCCCUAGCCCCUCUGUUGUCUGGUCCGCAGGCUACUGGCACAGUCGCACGCCACCUACUUUGCCGCGUGAACAAGAAGAGGGAUUUCUAAAUGGGCUACGUGCUAACCUUCGUCAGCUCGACUGCCCGUCGCCUUUUCUUCAUGACAGCUACAUGCGUGAGCAUGUCUUCACCGAUCCGUGUCGCCGAGCCUUGCUGCUCUACUUUGCACUUCAAGAAAGCGAGCUUUUGCAGGGCCGCACGCCUCGACCGGAUCAGGUUGGGCCAAUGGCCCUGAUAGAGCACCUCCGCAAUCACAUGUUUGUGUUUGCCCUCUUUGAGGACUUGGACAUGAUGGACAAGUUCAAUGACCGCGGUUGCGUUGAGCGCUACCACCGUUGGGGUCUAGAUACCAUGCUUUCAAUUGUGCGUUUGCCCUCUCGGUCCCGUGCUUUUGCAGCAGCGACCAGCAAAAACCAAGCCAUUCUUGACGCCGUUGAAAUCUGUAACGCCCGGAACGGCUUCGGGAACAAUUCGUUGACCAAAACUAUUUGCCCGAAUGAAGAUAUUGCUUGGGAAUUUUUGAUGAUGGCGGUUGCCACGGUCGACCGGUGGCAGAUCGUCAACCUACUGCGCCGCCACAACGUACCAUCCGACGUCUUGACCGACAUGGGUUUGCUUUACCGUGCUGCUGAAUUUGGCUCGGAGGCUGUCAUCCGCGCCAUAGUGGCUUGGCUCAGCUGCCAGUCAGCCUAUGAGCUUCUUUUUGACCUCAGUAAUUUGCAGGUCCAGGACACUGGUGACUGUCCACUUCAUGCUGCCGCCCGUUUGGGGCACGAGGGCACCAUCCGUGCGCUGCUUGAAGCCGGCGCCAGCCCAUCGAGUGCUAAGCCCAUCUACACUACCAUGGCCCGCGGCCAACUGUCGGGCAGAGCCGCGCUUGAUUUCACGCGUGACAACCACCGUUUCAAGAGCACCAUCCCCCUGGAUCACUGCCGGGCGCGUCAAGGUGGUGGUCGUCACAAUCACGUCAUCCUCAUCCUCGACGGUGAGAUCUGUAGUGCUGCCGUGCUGCGAGCUGGCUGCCGACGCACCAACGCCUGGGCUUGCUGCCAUUUGAAAGUACGCGGAAGAGAGCAAGUCGUGAACGAUCAUUUGCAUCGCUUGGACAAAGGGGCAAUGCUCGAAGCAAAAACCUUGGCGCAGCGCUCACCUUGGUUCCACUCCACAUCACGAACAUGCGGCCGUGAUGAUGGCUGGCGUUGCAGCGUGCGCUGUUGGUGCAUACAUCGAGCCCCCCAGCAAAAGGGUACAAAACUGUGA